AUGUUUGGUGGUUAUCUAAAUAUGGUCAUGUCUCUACUAUUUUUGGAUGUUUUUGUAUUUUCCCAACAAAAUGAGAAGAGAAAUUUAACAGCAACAACAAAUAAUAUACCCAAAAUAGUUAGGCAAAGACUUCUCGAAGAUGCACUUCUUCCUUGUAAUUCUUCAAAUGGAACGGGUCUGGAAUUAAUUGAAUGGUGGUAUAAACGAAUUGGUGGAGUUUAUAUUGGAGCUUUUAAUGCUACUUCAAGACAUGUACAUACAAACUGGACAAAGGAUGGAGCUUACCAAAUAGCAGAAAAUGGAAGUUUAAUAAUUCACAAUGUUCGUAGGGAACUUGUUGAGAGAUAUGAAUGUCUUUUAAAAUUUUUAAAUGGAAACCAAACAAGAGAUUCAGUCCUUCUUCGUCUAGACUUUUCUUUUUGGUACGCACCCGAACCUUUUUCACUUUUUUAUGGUUCGUGUAUAUUUGCUUUGAUUUUCUGUGUUGCUUCUUUUCUUUUAAAUAUUUUUUGGAUUUUGAUUCGUUGGAGUGUUUUGAGUUGGAUUAAAAGGACAGAACGUUUGAGCCGUGUCCGGGCAAUGCUUGUUGCUAUGGAAAAAUAUAGACAAAAACAUAUGGAAUCGUUACAUGAAGGCUACAAUCGGAGAAUGUCAACUUUUCGAGAAAAUUAUCACACUCAAGUUGAAACUAUUCGUAACUCUUAUUUGGAGUCUUCCGAGCGUUUUCGAGAUUAUAGACAAGCCCAAAAGGAAAAUGUUCAACAACACUUGGAUGGGUAUUAUCAACAGAUAUCUCGUCUUCGUGAAUUUGGCCAUAAAAGAGUUGAACAUUUAUGGGAAAGUUAUGAAAAGAGUGUAAAUGCAGUAAGAACCUUUACUUUAGAACAACGUUUAAAAAUAUUAAAUCAAUACAAAGUAAAACAACGUUAUGUAAAUAAAUUGUUGGAGGCUAUUGGAACUGAAACUAAUGUUGACAUUAUUAGUAGAAAGGAAGCAGCAAUUAGAGAAGUAUUGGGUGAAGACCAACCUCCCCCAACAUUUUGGUCUUCUUCCCACCAUCCAUCAAAUAAUUCAAAUCUUCGCCGUUCAGCUUCUUUUCAUUCUCUUCCGGAAUUUCCUUUAGUAGAUGAAAUUUUAGAAGAAGAAGAAGAGCAACAAAUUAUUUAUGUAAAUUUAACAGAAUUUAAUAAAAAUAAAGAAGAAUUAACAGAAAAAGAAGAAAAAGAAUAUCUUUUAGCUUUACAACAACCUUCAACAUCAACAGCAUCUUCUAUAUUACCUUUAUUUAAUAAUAAUAAAAUUCAGGCUUGA